AUGUAUCGCAAUAGUGGCCCUAUCCGGAACAAGGCCGGUAAAAUUGUCGGUGGAAGUCUGAUGAUGAAAAAUAAAGUGGGUGGACAGGAGAUUACGCGUGCAAAUGGACGCGUACAGCCAGAUCGUCGCUGGUUUGGCAACACGCGCGUGGUGGGACAGAAGGAGCUGGACAAUUUUCGAAAUGAAAUGUCCCUUAAGGCUGCUGAUCCUUACUCAGUAGUGCUACGUACACGUAAAUUGCCCAUGGGUCUAUUACAGGAGAGCGAAAAGACAUCGCGUAUGAAGCUAUUGGAGACGGAGAGCUACGCUGAAGUCUUUAACGGCAAACGCAGUCGCAAACGUGCUAAAUUCGCAGCCACAGAUUACGCAUCUUUGCUUUCGAGAGCACACGAGAAUGCGGAGAAGUAUGAUGCCAAGGGAUCUGAUCGUAACAUUACUGUGGAGCAAGAUUUCAAGGAGGAAGUAUCCCACGACGUGUUCAACAAAGGCCAGUCAAAGCGAAUUUGGGGUGAACUUUACAAAGUUCUAGACUGCUCUGACGUCGUUAUUCAGGUUCUAGAUGCUCGCAAUGUGCCUGGCACACGCUGUGAGCAUGUAGAGAAACACAUUCGCAAAAACGCGUCACAUAAGCACUUAAUCUUUAUCAUUAACAAGUGUGAUUUAGUGCCCAAUUGGGUCACCAAGCGUUGGGUGCAAAAGCUGAGCGAGACGACGCCUACGUUGGCUUUCCACGCGUCGAUGAGCAACCCUUUCGGCAAGGGUGCGCUGAUUAAUUUGCUUCGUCAGUUUGCAAAGCUGCACCAGGAGAAGAAGCAGAUUUCGGUCGGACUGAUUGGCUACCCUAACGUGGGAAAGAGUUCUGUCAUUAACGCAUUGCGUAAGAAGAAGGUGUGCAAGGUAGCCCCGAUUCCGGGUGAAACUAAGGUGUGGCAGUACAUCACGCUCAUGCGUCGCAUCUUUCUUAUUGAUUGUCCCGGCAUCGUGUAUGACACUGGUGACGACGAGAUUGAGACGGUGCUCAAGGGUGUCGUUCGCGCUGAGCGCUUGCCUCAGCCGACGGACUUUAUUCCGACCAUCCUGCAACGGGUCAACAAAGAGUUUAUCGUGAAAGUGUACGGCAUCGAGGAGUGGAAUGACGAGUGGGACUUUUUGGAGAAACUUGCAAACAAGUGUGGCAAGCUACUGCAGAAGGGUGAGCCUGAUUACAACAAUGUCGCUGUGCAUAUGAUUAACGACUACCAGCGUGGCAAGCUGCCGUGGUUCAUCGCGCCACCUAUGCGUGCAGAAGAACUUGCUGCGCUUGAGCAGAAGGGUGACGAUAUGCCACUGAACGAGGCAGAGGCUGGCGAAGAUGAGCUUGUGGAGCUCGAUGAUGGCGAGGAUAAGAAGAGUGAGGUAAAGACGGAGAAUGAUACCGAUACUCAGAAAGACCAGGAGCAAUGA